GAUACUAUACAAUUUCCAUCCAUUCUUUUUCGGGUUUGUUCAGUUAACGGCACAACAAAUCCGUUGUGUUGCUACUUGACUCCCCCUGAAAAGAAUAAAAAGUGCGCCACUUUCCGCCCCUGGCCGCGCGCGCGUAUCCGCGAUGACGUUGCACAGAAUCGCGUUCAUAUCUCAGAUACUAAACCAGAGUCCAAAGUCGUAUCCUCACUGCUGGAUUAUUGACAGACGGGUUAACAUGGAGCAAAUCAGCGACCACCUUUGCAGAUACAAAAACUACAAUUUCGCCACUGGUCUGACAACAGCAGAGUAUCUGGACUCACUGCAGGAAUUCGAAAUUCGUGAAAGUGACGUUUUCCUCAUCACAUAUCCCAAGUCUGGCACCAUUUGGACUCAGCAGGUCAUAAUUAACAUCUAUGAAUUGAGUGGAGGUCUGAAUGAGUAUUCAAAUAAUUUGGAGCAAAUGCCAUGGCUGGAGUACAACGAGGGUCGUACAGACUAUACUCUGAGACCUUCUCCACGGCUCUUUGCCUCUCAUCUCACCCCUGCACUGUUGCCACGGGGGCUGAAGGACAAGAAGGCAAAGAUGAUCUAUGUGAUGAGGAAUCCAAAGGACAAUGCUGUCUCCUAUUAUCACUUCAGCAAGGUCUACACUGACCUGCAGACUCCCAGGAGCUUUGAGAGCUUUUUUGAAGACUACAUGAGUGGCAACGUUGGGGCGUCUUCAUGGUUUGAUCAUGUCAGGGUGUGGCACUCUCAGAAAGAUGAAUUCAACAUCCUCUUUCUAACCUACGAGGACAUGAUUUUGGACUUGAAAGGAGUGGUAACCAAAAUCUGCACGUUUUUGGGGAAAAACCUCAGUGAGAAGGCGUUGGAUGAAGUCGUGGAGAAAUCAAGAUUUAAGACGAUGAAAAAUGACCCGAAGGCUAAUUAUGAGUUUCUGCCCAAAGACAAGAUCACUGGAAACUUCAUGCGUAAAGGUCAGAUCGGUGACUGGAAGAACAUCAUGACUGCUGCUCAGAGUGAAAGAGUGGAUUUGAUGCUACAGGAGAAACUGGGUGAUCUGUCUCUGACAUUCAUCUGGGAAUAAACCCUGGCCACUUUAAAACUCAAAUUCGUGCAUUUCACUACAAACAAAAUGGUAAAACAAGGGCAAAGAAGAAUGAAUGCACCAAAUUGAUAAAGAAAUUAAAUUAAAAAGACAGCAACCAACAUAUAGAAAUAACAAAAAAAGU